UCUCACUCCAACAACAAACCACGCUUCCCCCAAACACCUGGCUGUGCACCGUGGAUAGGAGCCUCUGCCAGCUCCUUUUACGCUCAGUCUCGGCUCGCGUUUGUGCCGACCGGACGUCAUGAGCCGGAUGAUUUUUCUCCGGAGAUCGUGAAGCAGGCAGCAGGUCAGCGCUCCGAAGCCAUGUGGGCAGCGGACACGUCCUCUGGAGCGACCACGGGAGGCAAAGGCAGACUUUAGACAGAGAGCCGUGCUGCGCUUUCCUGGAAAAUAACGCCUUCUAGGAAACCGCCAGAGACGAGAUGGUAGAGAAUGGCCGCACCUGACCUCCUUGACCCAAAGGCUGCUGUCCACAACUCCAAGCCUCGCCUGUCGUUCUCCACAAAACCAGUGGUGCUGAACACUCCGGAGGAUGAGUGUGACACCCGGACCACAGUCAUGAGGUGGAAAACUGUGUCGGCCAUUUUCUUCCUGGUGGUGCUGUACCUCAUCAUCGGGGCAACAGUGUUCCAGGCUCUGGAGCAGCCUCACGAAAGCUACCAGAAAGCGGUCAUUCUGAAAGAAAAACUGGAGUUCUUGGCCUUGCACAGCUGCAUAAAUUCAACGGAGCUGGAGGAUCUUGUCAAGCAAGUGGUUUCGGCAGUUCGUGCUGGAGUGAAUCCAUCAGGAAAUUUGUCCAAUCAGACGAGCCUGUGGGACCUCAGUUCCUCCUUCUUCUUUGCCGGGACUGUUAUCACCACAAUUGGAUUUGGGAACAUCUCUCCCCACACAGAAGGAGGACGGAUCUUCUGCAUCCUCUACGCUCUGCUGGGCAUUCCCCUGUUUGGAUUCCUGUUGGCCGGUGUCGGCGACCAGUUGGGAACUAUUUUUGGGAAGGGUAUCGCCAAAGUCGAGAAGAUGAUUGUGAAGUGGAAAGUCAGCCAGACAAAGAUCCGCGUCAUCUCCACCCUGCUCUUCAUCUUGUUUGGGUGCCUCAUCUUCGUGGCCCUGCCAGCUGUCAUUUUCAAACAUAUUGAAGGCUGGAGCACGCUCGAGUCCAUCUACUUUGUCGUCAUCACCCUCACCACCAUUGGCUUCGGAGACUUCGUGGCCGGAGAAAAAGGUCAUCUGACCGAGGGUGGUUCAGAGAACCUCGAGUACCUCGACUACUACAAGCCGGUGGUGUGGUUCUGGAUCCUGGUGGGCUUGGCGUACUUUGCAGCAGUGCUCAGCAUGAUUGGAGACUGGUUCAGAGUCAUCUCUAAGAAAACUAAAGAGGAGGUCGGGGAGUUUCGUGCUCAUGCUGCUGAGUGGACGGCGAAUGUAUCAGCGGAGUUCAAAGAGACCCGCAGGCGGCUUAGUGUCGACAUCUAUGACAGGUUCCAGCGGGCCGCGUCCAUCAAGCGCAAGCUGUCGUCCGAGCUGGGAAUUAACGCCACCAUGAACCAGGAGAUGACCCCUGGGAAGAGGACGUUGUCAGCCAACCUGUGCGAGGACAAAGAAACGUAUCCGUCCUUGACGCUUUCUCUAAGUCCCGUCCCAGGGGCUCUCACCAGGAACGGCAGCUUGUAUCUGAACGGCCUCAGUCCAGAUUACGCUGAUCGACAGGAAAUCGCCAUAAUCGAAAACCUCAAAUGAGCAUUGCAGCUGUGAGACUGAAAACAAACCCGAGGCAUCAGUGAUCAUUGACUGAUGCCAGACAUUGAUGAGGUACCUGAAUGAAGCAGAUUGUUUUCCCGUGAUUCAAACACCUAAGCACAGAUAAGUCAUCAAGCUGUUCACUUUUGUCCAUGUUUAUCUCUUGCACAUAAGAAAUAAAACAGAUUGCAUUGGAUUUAUAGAAGAAGUCAGACUUUACUGAAGAUGUGUUUGUACCUGAGCCAAAUGGAACGAGAUUGAAUUUAAAGCGCAAGUUCAAACACUGCUGAAGCUGGAAGGAAAUAAAAGUCCACCCUGAGGCUGCAGGCAGCACACUAGUCUUCUUUUUCACAGUAUUUCCUGGGAAACACAACACGUAAAAAGCAAUAGGGGGAUCUGCACUCACCUCGUGACAGCCACUCUAAAACUGGGGUUGGAUCAAUGAUCCCAAUAGUUGAAAACACCAAAUUGUCACCCACGGGUCUAUCCUGUGGUUCUUUACAGGCAGAAGUCCUGGAAGGAAUGUUCCUUUUCUCAUCGUUCAUCUUCUGUUUACUUUAUCUGCCUUGCAUCUGCCACUUAAUCAACCCUUUACUAAAGAGACGAAUGUUGACAUUUUGCUUUCUCCAUGAACUAUUCACCCUGAGGGAUAAUUCACUGGUGCCUUAUUGAAAACACUGGACAGAUGAGGGCAACAAAAGACUUAUGUCCAUCUUAUCAUGUGUUAAUUUUGAUCACAGUAGUAAUAAGGACAUUUUUGAAAUGCAUCAUGGACAGUUGAAGAAUUUUUUAAAAUACUUACAUAGAACAUUUAUAAAUGAAAGCAGAGAACAUAAUGUUUUAAAGGUGAAUGUCUUCUUGACACACUAAAUAGUUGCAUAGUGUAAAGUGUUUCAACCAUCAAUACCCAACCUUCCCCUGAGUCAAAGUACCAUCUGUUUAGGUCUUGGAUCUGAAUAGAGCAUCAGCAGAGCAGUACGAGUUAUUUGUCUUAAGCUUCUCCAGGAUUUUCCGAAUGAGUGAAAACACUUCAGCCAUAAAUUUAAAACACACAGCAUUGUGUGUCAUCACAUUUUGCUUUCCGUAGAAAUUAAUGCAUACAUAGUGCCUUGCAAAAGUAUAUUUACACCUUGAACUUUGUUAUAUUAACACAUAUUUAAAAAAAAAUGCUUUACGAAUAAAAAGACAAAGGUGUGGUGUGCAUUUAUAUUCAGCUAAUAGAAGUCAAUGUUUUUGCUGAGCCACACUUUGCUGCAGCUGUAUUUCAUUUGUGGUCUGCCAGCUUAGAAACAUUUAUUUUAAUAUCGACAAUUUGCAAAGUAGCACAAUCUUGUUCAGAUUGGAUGGAGAAUAUGUAUGAUCAGAAUUUUUUAUAUCUUUCCACAAGUUUUACAUUGAUUUAGUUCUGGGAUUUGACUGGGCCCUUCUGUGAUUUUCUAUAUUAAAACCUCGGUUGCAGGUUAAGAGUUGCUGAAAGCUGCACUUGUACACUAUUCUAAAUUUUUUUGCAGCAUUGUCAAAACAUCUACACAAAAUGAUUUUCAUCCGAUUUGAAUAGACAGCCUAUGCUCAAAUGUUUGCCAUUUGCUUGUGGUAAACUUGAAUUAGGACCUGUUACGGCUUCUUUUCAACAGUGCUUUGCUCCCUGACACAUUCACAUAAAAGGAAGAUUUGUGAAGUUCACGACAAACAGUCGUCCUGUCAACAGAUUCUCCCACCUGAGCGGUAGAUCUCUGCAGAUCUUCCAGGGCAACCAUUGACCUUUUGGCUGUUUUUGUUGAAUUUGUGUAGGGAUACUGGAGUAAAGGGGGCUGAAUACAAACGCUUACCAUGCAUCAUUUUCCUUCCAUCAUUCCAUCACAUGAAAUCCUACUAAAGCAUAUUGAACUUUGAGGUUGGAAUUUGACAAAAUCUGCAAAAGCUUAAGAGGUAAGAAUGCUCUUGCAAGGCACCAUAUGGUGCUGUAACAGUAAAGUCUAGGGACAUUUGAGGCACAUUUGUUGCUUUGCUUGGCCGAAUUUGUCUGCAAACAUUUCUCCAGUUAAAGUAGAUGGCGUAUUUAAUGUUACUGAAUGUAUACCACACAAAACCUUUCAUUUAGCCUGCUGCAUGUUACAGCAGCGACUCAAUAGCCAAUAAUUCAGCAGCAAAUGAUGUUCUGCACUUAGGAAUGGAUGAACUGAGUGAAUGAUGCCUGACUGUGGCUUUCUUAGUGAGGAAAUUUGUGCAUCUAUCUUUUAGGCCUCCUUUGUGAUCACUUCAGCAAAUCAGGCUUUUUCUCUGAGUGUCCAAAAAUGUUUCUUUUGACACUUUGGUUUUUAACCUUUCUUUGACGUCCCUCUGUGUUGCCCUGCAAUCUUAAACUCUGACAGCAAAUACUUCAAAAAAUAGUUUUACAUGUGACUUGAUAUAAUUUCUGGAAAAGUCACAUAAUGUGUUAAAGACAGAAGAGAAAAUAUUAUUAUUAUUGGCAUACUCAAAUGACAAAUAUGAUUCACAUGGGAGAGGGGAGGUCAAAAUGGAGAGGGAAAAAAAAGGAGCAAACUUACAACAAAUGAGGAAACGCAAGAACCAGAGAGAGUGAAAAUCAAGACUUAAAUACUGGGGAAUGUGAUCACUGAAGUGAACACAGAUGGGUCUCAUUAGCAGAAUGGAUGUCAGCUGUGAGGGGAACAUGCAGAGGUAACCGAGGUAAAACAAUGAAAAUGAGAGUACACUGGAAACCAGGUUAGAAUGCAAACCAGAAGGAGGGCACAACCCAGUAAAAUGAAUUAAGAUUUAAAACAAAGUCACAGAAAUUGAGAAACAGGUGCAACAGUAACAUGAUUUAAACACAGAGAGCUCACAGAAAUGUUUCAAAAUACGACUUUGACUAAAGUCUUAUUUAGAAAUUAUUCUUUAAAGAGAUUAAUUAUAACCAAAGACUGCAACUCAGCAGAAAAUAGAAUAUAAAACUGAGGGGUUAACUAAAUCAGAAAACCAAAUAGUGAAGAAAUUGCAAUCUAGGAAGUUACAUGAAUAUCUUCAAUCUAUUUGAAGUCCAUUUGCUAAACAGAGAAUGAUCAUUCAUACUAUUAAAACAUUUAUGGAAAUGGUAUUAUGCAAAACCACCCAGUCAGUUUUUUGGAGUCCGGAACAAGAGGUUAUUAAGUUCAGAUUUUUGUUUCCACACUAUACAUUCUAUAUGUCUUAUAAAAAUGUAUUAUUAAUAAUACCAGACAAAGGUCAGCAAAUACUGUCCCAACAAUAUUUGUUCUACCUGAUUUUUUAUAAUUGUCAAGUAAAUGUAAUUUUCCAACCAUUCUGCAUUUGUAGAUAACCAUAAAUGCUAACAUUACAUACUAAUAUAAAGUCCCAGUUUCAAUAAAUAGACUAAACUUGUGAAUUUAUAGUAGGUGUGUCCAACAUGGCAUAUUUAAAGUCAAAGUUUACCCCCUAUUUUUCUUAGGUUGUCCUUAGUAAGAGCACUGAUUUGUGCAGAGUGUAACGCGGGUCCUCUAAGGCAGUAGCUGCCAUGUGUUAUCAUGUCAUAUCUUCACUUAACGCCCAUGCCAGAACAGAAACAUUUGUUCUCUCUCCCAGAAUAAUUUGGAUCUCUUGCAGCUUUUGGACAGUACUUUUCUUCUUCUCAUAUUCACAUUAUUAUUUACAAACCUUCUUGCUAAGUAUUGAACAUCCUGACCAGAAAGAACUGUGUCAUUGCUACCUCCAGCAAAAGAACAAACUUCUCUGUUCUUGCGGUAUUUGUGUUGGCGUUAAGACUUUAGUUUAUUAAAAAUUAGAAGAGGAGGAGAAAUAUCAUAAUAUUUUGUUAUUAAAAGUAUUUUACAGCUUAUUUAAAUUUAAGGUAUAUAUUUGAAGUGAAAGACACUUUAAAACUGAGUUGCCACAGGGAAAUCUAUUCACGCCUUGGUUUGGGUUCAGAAGUCAAAGCCUCUCCUUCAAAAAGUCACCAUGUUGCUUUUUGUCAGUCAAUUCUGAGAUUGAGAACCUGUCAGUGAGGUAGAAAGUCACAGCAUGUUGAUGGUGAGUUGUUACAUAAGGCACCAGACCAUGUGAUGACACAUCCAAAGAAAGGUGUUGAAUAUUAUGAUAAUAUAUACGUGCGUUUGUGAUGGUAUGUGUAAAUUUGACAAAAAAAACUUGAAAUAUGUGAUAUUUGCACCCACAGAUGGGUUUUGUUUUAAUAUCGCAGCAUCUUCUUCUCUUUAGGUAGCCAUUUUACAAUAAUUAGGUCUGACUCUCAUAACCCCAACUCAAGCAUGUUGAAUGUAUCUACCGAUUCACGAGACAAGCCUCAUUCUGAAUGUAAACGUCUGUGUCUUUUAACUGUGAAAACCUGCCUUUUUAAAGCCCUGGUUCACAUGCACCAUGUUAUAUUGCAACUAUUUUCCAUCUAGUCAGAGCAAUCUUUGACAACAUUUUUCCACUGUUCUCAAAAUCCCAUUACAGACCUAAAUCUGGCUAGAAUAUUUGCAUGGGAAUCUUGUAAAUCCUUUGCCCAACCUGUGGAGCCUCAUUCACACAGUCACAAUUUUCAAAAAAAAAAAAUAUAUAUAUACAAUUUCACCAAUUGUUGCAUGCUACUUUCAAUGAAUUUAUAAACACUGGAGGUAUUAUGUACUAUGCCAGGCUUUGCAUUGACUCUUAAAAAGUAUGACUCUUGUUUGUUUCUUGUAUGUUAAUACAUUGAUGUUGCUAUGUCACUUUAAAGUCAUGACACUUUUCAGAAUGUUUAGAAUAAAAUACUUUAUAUGCAAAAAAAAAUUAUCAUCAUUUUUGCCCUAUUGAACAAAUGUCAUAUUUUAGUCAGAAAAUCUUCAAAUCUAUAACAUAGAUGGACAUGAGCCUUUCUAUCAUGUUUUUAAGAAGAGAAAUAAUUGGAAAAACACUUUGUCCAUAGUAUGAUCAAAGUUCAUACCAUGGAAAUGACUUUAGCAUUGCAUCAAAGAGGCAACAGAUAUAACAUGUCUGCAGAAAAUGUGUUCUUGUAUUUGGGAUGUUUUUAGUUCUUAUGUGUCAGUUCAAAAUGUGGGCAGACAUCCACUUUCCUUUAAGAAAUAAAAAUAAAUUGUAAAAUAAAUAAAAUAAAAAUUAUUACGUCUUAAAAACACUGUUACAUAACAACAAAUCAGGAAGAAGUAAAACACAUUUCCAAAGAUUUUCUAAACAUAUAAUGCUCAUGAAGCCUUAUAUAUUGUACAUUUCCUACAUUCCUAUAUGUUAGAAUCCCGUUCCAUACUUUCAUUCACGUUCAAAAAGUUGCUUAAGUAAAUACAACCAAGUAAAUGUAACAAACUCCCACAAGGCUUGUUGCAGUGCUGGACAGAAAGCUUUUUGUUAACUGUGAAAAGCAGCAGGAGGGUUCAUUUUUGUUGACAUUUUGUUGAAAAAGGAAAGUGUGUGGCUUUAAAUGAAGAAAACUACAGAAUUUAUUGCUGCAAUGGUCCACACUGCAAUCACGACAGAAUUACUCUGUAUUAGACUUUAUUGGGUGUAAUAAAGUCUAAUAUGCAUUAUUUAACUUAUUUGUCUGUCUUGGAGCUCUGUCUAAUAUUUUUCAUUAUUUGAAGGCUUUGCUUCGAUGACAAAUAAAUGUUUUCUAAAUUCUGUAAAUGCAGGUUUGAGGUUGUUUUCUAAAAUGCAGUUUGUAAAUAAGCAGCAUUGUGCUCACUGUGAUGCGUUCCUAUUUCCAAGCUGU